AUGUCAGUAGCAGUGUAUCAAGGUAAGUCAUUUAUUGAUGAUGUUCGAAAUACAACAAGAAGUUUUGGUAGUUGGGAUACAUGUAUGGAUAAUAAAGGAUGUAAGGUGAUAUCAAUUACAGGGAUUGUUUUAGGGUCGAUAGUGGCUAUUUGGAUAGUGGGAUCUUUGUUGAGAUGUAUUAAGCAGGGUAUUACUGGAGUAGUAGAUUUUUUAUGUUGGCCUUGCUGUUGCUUGGCCAGGCACAGGUCGAGGAGAAAGGACCGGCGUAGAGCAAUGCAAAAGUAUCAUAUGGAUAGCGGGCCACCGCCGGUUAUUUAUCAACCUGUGGUGCAGCCUGAGGCGGUGCAUCUUUAUAAUAAGGAUGAUUACUACAGUGAGGGUAUGAAGGAUAAAAAUAGCCAUGCACAUGAGGAGAAAUAUUACGAUUUAGAGGUACAAAAGAGAGGAAUGGUACAAAAUCAAUACAGCAGGCCUGACGCCACGAAGGCGCCAGUUGUAUACGAUGAAGAUGUCAAUAUGGGAGAGGAGAUGCUUUGGAGCACAAAUAUGGCUUCUGUGCCGCCUCCAUAUACAGAAAAGCGUAAAUCCUUGCAUCGCCCAUACCAAGCACCGUACCCUAGUGAUUCUACUUGA